UAUUAAUAUUUCUAGUUCUUAAAAACAACGAUGAAACGGUGCCUCAUGAUCCCUGUGUCCAGAUGGUGAAUCCAAACUACAAAUUUCCCCCUAAAAAAGAAAUAAAGACACAAACACAAGAAAAGCAAUCAGGCGAAAAGAGAAAGCUACCAGGAAGACAACCUGCAAAAUCCGUGACAAGCGCUAUGCUGGAAAUAGAUGCAAAUGAUGCUUGUGGGCGUGAUUUCGUUAACACAGUUGAUGAUAAUGAGGGAGCAUAUUACAACGAUGCAAAUGACAUAUAUACAGACAAGGUGCCGGUUGAGUCGUUGGCGCGAUGUGUAUACGGAAAGACAGAUAGAGAAUUCGAGGAAGAAUUCCAGAAAUUUCCAAACGGCCUCACGAAACCGUACCAUGCCUCGCAUCUAAAAGGAAACGUCUCCAAGAACAGAUACCGGGGAAUAUAUCCAUAUGACGAUUCAAGAGUGCGGAUCAAAGGAGGAGACUCGGAUUACAUCAAUGCCAGUUUUAUCGAUGGCUACAACAUGAAACGCGCGUACAUUGCUACACUGGGGCCUAUGUCGAAACAGCUUGGAGAUUUUGGUAUAUUCUGGCAAAUGGUUUGGCAACAAAAGGUCGAAACGAUUGCCAUGGUUACCAAUCUGAUUGAGGACGGGAAAGAUAAAUGUGAUCAGUACUGGCCCAACCCUGGUGUCAGUAAGACGUAUGGCGAUAUCACGGUGUCGUGCUACACGGAAAACAAAUAUACAGAGUUUACAAAGAGAGUGUUUUCAGUAUCUAAGGUCAAGCGGAAAGAAAAAAGAAUGCUGCACCACCUACACUUUACCUGUUGGCCCGAUAGAGAUGUCCCCGAUGAUGUCACCGCUAUAAUUGAAUUCAGACAGGCGGUGUUGAACUCGCCGACACAGUUCAAUGGUCCACUGCUUGUCCAUUGCAGUGCUGGAGUGGGAAGAACAGGGACAUACAUUGCACUUGAUAUUUUGACCAAAGAAGGAGAGGCCAAAGGAGCUAUUGACAUUCCUGGAUGCGUCGUCAACAUGCGGCAAAACAGGCCUAACAUGAUCCAGACACUGAUUCAGUACAAAUACCUUUACACAGCUCUAGUUCAUUCAUUGACUCUCAGCUGUAAGCCAAUCAAAGCAGAAGGCUUCCAGCAAUACCUGACCCGUACGAGAGAUUCCGAAUUGGUGCACCUUUAUGAGAAAAUUAACUUGACUGUUGAAACAAUGUCAAAUGAGGAAAUGAUAGCAGUAGAAAGACACAAGGCAGAGACUAAAGCGAAUAGACCCCAUGCAGACAUCCCAGGAGAUAAGAACAGGCCACGAUUAUAUCUCAACCUAAAGCCUGGCGCAUCUGAUUACAUCAAUGCUGUUUACAUCGACAGUUUCACUGUGAAGGACCGUUACCUUGUUUGCCAAACUCCCUUGAAAGAAACUGUGUCGGAUUUUGUCACGCUCGUGAUUCAAGAACAAUGUUCAUGUGUCGUCAGCUUUGAAAGUGAAAUGGAAAAACAUAGGAACGUGGGAUUGUACUACCCAGCUGACAAUCAGGAACUUGUAAUUGGUGAUAUUACAGUCAGAAGUCACAAAGUAGAAGGCAAGGAUUACUACCAGAAAAGAACGUUGACAAUUACACACGUCACUGCGAACGGGCAUUCAGAUGUGCGCACAAUACCCAAUCUACAAUUUACAGACUGGGAUAAGAAGCACAACGUUCCAAGAUCUACCCAGAAUGUCCUGGCCUUCAUUGAAGAUGUUGAUGCGGCGGCGAAGGCAUCACGACAUGAUGGACCGAUAUUCGUCCAUUGCUUAGACGGCGCAAGCAAGAGUGGUCUAUUCUGUGUGGUAUCACUCCUUCUACAGAGAGUUGCUGUGAACCAGGAAGUGAGCGUAGUGAAUGUUGUGAGAAAAGUAAGAACAAGGAGGAAGCUUGCUAUUCCGAACAAGGAACAGUUUUACUUCUGCCACGAGUGCGUGCUUGGAUAUAUCAACACACGUGAGAGCACCACUUAUUAUAACACUUGUGGUGGACUUGUACGAGGUCAAAACUAGUAAAUGCGUUAUUAAGACCUCUCGAAGACAUCACCUAAAGGACACGUGGGGUGCUUUUGUGCUUGGGAAAACUUUAAACACUACUAGUAAAAUCAAUAGAUUCUACAACAGCUUAAAAAUGUAUAGAGCGAUAGUGACUGGUGCAACAACAUGUCUCUGUAUGAUUGUAUUUACGUAUGGUCUUGUAAUUUAAAAGCUACCAGUGCCAUAUGACAAAAGAUUUUGCACAUAAUAUAAAUACACGAAUCUCUACUUAUACCUUUCCUAGUGCGUGUUUAUUACGCGUAUAUACAUAAGUUGUAGUUGCAUUUGACAUACAAUUCGUUUGAGAACGCUUUUAUUGUCGUUGAACAAUGUGAAAACAAUGAUACUUGGUUGAACGCGCUCUCAAAAAGAAGUAAAUAAGUAGUCCCCAAGACGAAAGAAAAUGUGCAAUUAUGGAUAUUCAAGUACAUGUAGCUGUUUGUCGCAUAAAUGAUAUGGUGAUCAUGUAUAUGUAGAUGUUUGUCACAUAUCUAAUAUUGUGAAAAAGCAUAAGUACAAUGUAGCUGUUUGUCACAUAUCUAAUGUUGUGGAAAAUGUAUUUGAAGAGUUUAAAUAGCUCUGGUUAGAAUUUGUUACAUGGUAAUGUAUUCGCGUCUGUGUACAUUUAGUACCCAAAUAACAUCUUUUUGACAUUGUAUAUAGCAUUUUAUUGUAUAAACCUUGCCUUAGAGUCUUUGAUUGUACCAUUUCACUGGUAGCAUUAAAUAUUGAUCGUAUCAAAUUAUACUAAUUUACUGUAUUAACUACCUAACAAAAACAUAUAUCGACAACUAUUUACGAUUUCAUAAUGUGAAGAAAAGUAAUAAUUAUAUACAUGUAUACUUCUAAUCGAUUCAAAUUUCUAACUUGAAAUACUAUCCGAGUACAAAAAUUCAAACAUAUAUUGGUCAACUUCAUUUAAACAAUGUUAGUAAGCUUACGUAAACAUUUGAUAUAUUUGUUCGUUCCAUUAACCGGUUUCAUCAGUUAUCAUGCAAUAAAAAUGUUUGAGUAUAUUAUUUUAAUAGCUCUUUAUUUUUUUAAAGAUUUUAUACAUAUGUCUACCUUCUUAUAUAGGUUAUUGAAGAAGUGUAAACACGUUUAUAACUACUCUGAUGUAUUUAUAAUAAGCAAACACUGAAACAAUACACAAAUAAACGGCGUUUACGUUAUAUCGUUUAUUCUCUCUGCACCAUAAGUCAUGUCAUGUAAGAAUUAGCAUAUUAUAUUUUUUUCUCUUAUUUAUUCAAUCAGUUGUAUACUGUACUAUUUAACUGUGACCUCUGCUAUGGAAGAAUGUCAUGUUAUAUUGAAUGUUAGAACUGUUGGUAAAGGUUUAUUUAAAUGUUAUCUAUUUAAGUGUAUAUAUUUUACCUUUUUAUGUGUGUUAAGAAUAAAUGAAUCAUGAACCUUA